GCCACUCUUGUCAAGCCUGGGGGCGGUGGAAGGGCAGUGGAUCCAGGGGAUGUGACUAAUAGGAGCUUCUUCUCCGCCGUCCUUAUCGUGCAGAGCCUAAACUUGAUGGAGAAAGCUGCGAUUAUAAAACAAACUGAGACUCUCUGCGCUCUACAGCUUUAGUUUCUAACUUCAUCUCCCUAAACAGGUUCCCUUCACUAAGUAGAGGAGACCAAAUCGUGGGAAACCGGUUUCUCCUGUUUGUUUUUGGUGGUGAAGUGUUGUCACAUAUGGCUUUUGCAGUAUUCUAGUCUACUUUUUUUUUUACAUUAUCGGCGUGUAACAUCCUGCAUCUGCUAUCGCCCUGGCAACGAGACCUCCUCUCCAUCAUUCUCCAGAGCUUCAUCUCUCACGGUCAGCGGCAGCCUGCGAGACAAAUCAAACCCUGUUUUUUGACGCUCGUCCUGCGUGGAAGCAGAUCUUCAAAUCUCUUUUCUAUUCCAUUCAUUUUUAUUAAUAUUAUUUUAAAACUGUCAAGGUUCAUGUGUCGUGGAAGUCUUUUCUCUCAGCACCAAAAUGCCUGUGAGACGCGGUCAUGUUGCGCUCCAGAACACGUACUUGGACACUAUCAUCAGGAAAUUCGACGAGCAAAAUCGCAAGUUUCUGAUCGCCAAUGCCCAGAUGAAGAACUGUGGCAUUAUCUACUGCAACGAAGGCUUCUGCCAGAUGUUUGGCUUUGCCAGAGCAGAGAUCAUGCAGCAGCCCUGUACCUGCCAGUUCUUGGUGGGUCCUGGUACCAUGAAGAGUGCUCUGGCCCAGCUGGCACAGGCCCUGCUUGGCUCUGAGGAGCGCAAGGUGGAGAUUCUCUACUAUGCUAAGGAAGGGACCUGCAGACCAUGCCUGGUGGACAUUGUCCCUGUAAAGAACGAGGAAGGGGUCGUCAUCAUGUUCAUCCUCGACUUCCAGGAGCUGACUGAUCGCUCUCUCAAGAAGUCAGGCCUCAGGCAGAGAGUCACCCAAGGAUUGAUUUACUGUCAGAAUCGCAGGUUGAAGAUGAGGCUGCCGGUGCUGCGGUCCAUGCGACGACCUUCACUUUCCAAAGAUCAGUUUGAAGGAGUGGUUGUGGACUACCUGCAGCCAAACAGUGAGGAAGUCCCUCUCAAAGAGUUUCGAAUCCCAUCCAAAGAGAGCUGCAUGCAGUCUGAGACGGAAGCUCUGAUAGAACAGGACCUGGAUCCUCCCUCUCCUCCAGCCCAGUCCUCUACGAAGCAGCGCUCCCUGCUGACAGACCGACUGGACCCAGGCAUGGCUUUUCCCAGGGGGACCCUACCUAGAAGCUGUUCUCGGGACAGUGUCCAAAGCCUCCGACGUGCCUCGUCACUGGAUGACAUCGAUGGCAUGAGGGCAGAAUGGAACAAUCGAUCUGGAGAUUCUCGAAUCAACAGCAAUCUGAAGCCCAAUGCUUUGAACUCCACAUCAGACUCGGACCUAAUGAGACAUAGGACCAUCGGCCGCAUCCCUCAGGUUACUCUCACCUUCGGCUCAGACAGAAUGAGACCUCCUUCGCCCACCGAGAUUGAAAUCAUUGCACCCAGCAAGAUUAAAGACCGAACCCAGAACGUCACAGAGAAGGUCACUCAGGUCACACAGGUGUUGUCACUCGGUGCUGAUGUGCUGCCAGAGUACAAGCUCCAGGCCCCACGCAUCCAUAAAUGGACCAUCCUUCACUAUAGCCCCUUCAAAGCAGUAUGGGACUGGAUCAUCCUGCUGCUGGUUAUCUACACUGCCAUUUUCACACCGUACUCAGCCGCCUUCCUUCUCAAUGAGGUGGAGGAAGAGCGAAGGAGAACCUGUGGCUACACCUGCAACCCUCUCAACGUGGUAGACCUGGUCGUGGAUGUCAUGUUCAUCGUGGACAUCCUCAUCAACUUUAGGACCACCUACGUCAAUCACAACGACGAGGUGGUCAGCCACCCGGGACGCAUUGCACAGCACUACUUCAAGGGCUGGUUCCUCAUCGACAUUGUGGCUGCCAUCCCCUUCGAUCUGCUCAUAUUCCGGUCUGGGUCUGAGGAGCCUCAGACGACCACUCUGAUUGGAUUACUCAAAACAGCCAGACUCCUGAGGUUGGUAAGAGUAGCCAGGAAGUUGGACCGUUACUCAGAAUAUGGAGCUGCCGUCCUUUUCCUACUCAUGUGCACCUUUGCCCUCAUCGCUCAUUGGCUGGCUUGUAUCUGGUAUGCCAUUGGCAACGUGGAGCGCACAGGCUCUGCUCGCAGAGGCAUGAAGAUCGGCUGGCUGGACAAUCUGGCUGACCAGAUUGGUAAACAUUACAAUGACAGUGACACAGGCUCUGGCCCCAGCAUCAAGGACAAGUAUGUCACAGCCUUGUAUUUCACCUUCAGCAGCCUGACCAGUGUGGGUUUUGGGAACGUCUCACCUAACACCAACCCAGAGAAGAUCUUCUCCAUCUGCGUCAUGCUCAUUGGCUCUCUGAUGUACGCCAGCAUCUUUGGUAACGUCUCGGCCAUCAUUCAGAGACUGUACUCAGGCACGGCCCGUUACCACACCCAGAUGCUGCGAGUCAAAGAAUUCAUCCGUUUCCACCAGAUCCCAGGAGGCCUGCGACAGAGGCUGGAGGAGUACUUCCAACAUGCCUGGUCCUACACCAACGGCAUCGACAUGAACGCUGUUUUAAAGGGUUUUCCUGAGUGUCUGCAAGCUGACAUCUGCCUCCAUUUGAACCGCAGCUUGCUGCAGAACUGCAAAGCUUUUCGAGGUGCCAACAAAGGCUGCCUGCGAGCUCUGGCCAUGCGAUUCAAGACCACGCACGCCCCACCGGGUGACACUCUGGUCCACAGUGGGGACAUUCUCACUGCCCUCUACUUCAUUUCCAGAGGCUCUAUAGAGAUACUCAGAGACGAUGUGGUGGUGGCAAUACUAGGAAAGAACGACAUCUUUGGUGAACCCAUCAGUCUCUAUGGGAGGCCAGGUAAAUCCAGCGCUGACGUCAGGGCUUUGACCUACUGCGAUCUUCACAAGAUCUUGAGAGACGACCUGCUGGAAGUGCUGGACAUGUAUCCUGACUUCUCUGACAUGUUCUGGAACAACUUGGAGAUCACCUUCAACCUGAGAGAUGCAGAUAGAAUAAACCAGCGAACCCCGGGCAGGGAUUCUGAAUGUGGAUACCGCAGGAAAAGGCAUCGGAGAAGCUCCCUGCGUCGCCGAAACCGACCAGAUGGAAUGGACCGUGAAGACUCUUACCCUGAUCAGUCCUGUCCGAUGGCAAACCACCACCGGGGCACGGGGGCAGAAUCCCACUGGGAAGACCUCUGCAGCAGUGCAAGUAUCUGUUCACAGUCUAGUGAUGAGGAGAUGAAGCCAAUGGGACAUAGCAAGGGAGAGCUGUACCAGCCCAGGGGUGAUACCAAAGAUUACCCGCCAGCAGUGGUUGGCCUCCUGCCCCACAGUGGACCCUCAGCUGGUAUGGGACCACCUGUAGACCUUGGAGGACCGCCAUACUCAGCAACAGCUCCUAUCAGCAUGUCUGGUUUGUAUGGCUACUGGCCAGACCGCAGAGCCAGCCAGUUCUCAGAGAGCCAGAGACGACCGUCUUCAGGCCGGGCAAGCUUCCACCCUCCGCCCUGUGCUGAGGAUCGACCCAGUGAGCUGGAAUCCAGAUUGGAGCUGCUUCAGUCCCAGUUAAACCGGCUGGAAUCCCGUAUGACAGCAGACAUCAAUGUGAUCCUGCAGCUCCUACAGAGGCAAAUGGCCCCAGUGCCUCCAGCCUACAGCGCUGUGUCCCCCGGCCCUCACCCGCCUCACCCCACUACCCUGUACAGCACAGGAGCACCCACAAUCCACACAGUCCCUCCAAUCCAGCCUGUACAGAUCGACAGCACUGCCUCAAUCCUACAGAGUCCAGACUCUGACUUCAAGCACAAAUCUAAGGACUCCCUGUCCAGCGGGAUCCACCUCACUGUGGUCUCUGAUGACGGCAUGUCCAUGUCACCAGAGGUCGACCUGCCACAUCGACCCUCUGUGGACCUCGCCUAUCCUCAAUUGUCAGGGGCCCAAGAGCCUCCUGGGCUGCUAUGUGGCAGUCAGCGUUUCCCCUCCCUCCCUGAGAACCUGGAGACCUCCACAGAGAUGCAGGAGAUCCAGAGGCAUGUCUCUGACCCUGUCUUGCCAGGCAGCUAGAACACCAAUCACCAACAGAACCCAAAGGCCUGGUCUUUUUGGACGACAGCCAUAUGUUCCCAGUUCUGUUACUUCCUUUUUACUCCCCUAAAACCUCAUCUGUCUUCAGAUGCUGCUGUAGAGCGUGGGAUGCCUUGCCUUCCACGUCACUGAGGGUUCAGAGUGCCUCCUGUUUGUCACAUACAGACUCUACGGUGCCCUCACAGUCUGCUGUGGUUUUGUGCUUCAGCGUCCCUUCACACCUGAGGUCUGAGAUUUAUUCCUGCCUAGCAGGGUGGGACAGUUGUGAAACAUAAGUUGACAGUGAGCACACAAACACAUACGUGUGCCAGACACUGGAUCAGACAAGCUAUACAAACUAUAUCCCAAGGACAAGGUUUCCUUGAAGAGACGACAAAUGUCAAGAACUGUUAAUGUUUCACAUUUGAAGAAUUAUCUGCAUUCACUUUGUAUAAGAAAUGCACAUUUAGACUUGAACGUAGAAAAUCAUUUAGUUGGAGGUGAAUUUAUUUCCCUAAUAUUAGAGAUGUAUCGGUUACAUUUAGAACCGAUACAUCUGGUAAAUGUAAUAAUAUGAGUGUUAUAAGUUAGAGACUCACUGUUGUUGUUUUGGUGUUGGAAAAAUAUCAAAAAGCACACCAUAGCUGUCUGUCACACUGUGAAGAAUGGUGGUGCCAUGAGUUCAAGGCAGUGCUGGAGAAACACUCUUUGAAAAGUGUAAUUUUCAUCUCAUAUUUCACAUUCUGACAUUUUGACAUGACUCAGCUCAUACUUACUAAGCAUGUCACUUGAUCAUGAGAAGGCAUUACAACAUACCCAAUCAAGCAGAGCAGGAAAUAUUUCAUAGUUUCUUGUACAUUUACAUGUAGCUCUUCCAGUUUUGUUUGGAUCAUGACUGCUGUGUUUGGUUUCCCCUGUUUCUGUGUCUUUAUAUCUGCGCUGUUCAACUCAAACAUGUGUCAACUGUGGUUUCAUAAUGCACCUGAUGUGUUUAUCUGAAAGUGCCAACAUUAGAGGACUUGUUCUCCUGAUUAUUUUGAUUCACAGACUGUCAUAUUUAAAACAGGUAAAGGGAAAAUCUGCAAUGGGUGUUUUACGCCAGCUGAGACAAGUGAAGUGCAUGGUAGCUGUCAAUCACAUACAAACGUAGAGAUGUCGUCACAGGGCAUCUUUUGUUGAGAUGAUUUCAGUUCCAACCACAAGGCGAAUGUAAUGACUUUUUAAGCAUUUAUAAUUCUGUAUAAUGUUUCUUGAAGCACAAAUUCCUGUUAUUUAUCUUUUUUUUAGAUUAAAGACGCACUGACGAGUUA